AUGUUGGUCUCGCUGAUCAUCUUCGUUGCUCUUCUCUGCAACGACAUCCCAAAUGUGACUGUGAGUGGCUUAAACGACGAAGGCUUCGCUCUCCUGACGUUUAAGCAGAGCGUUCACGAUGAUCCUACAGGUUCGCUAAGCAAUUGGAACUCAUCGGACGUAGACGCAUGUUCUUGGAACGGUGUUACUUGCAAAGAACUCAGGGUGGUGUCUCUAAGCAUCCCAAGGAAGAAUCUUUACGGUUCUCUCCCUUCCUCCUUAGGGUUUCUCUCCAGUCUCCGUCACUUGAAUCUCCGGAGCAAUAGGUUUUACGGGUCGUUGCCUAUUCAGCUUUUCCAGCUUCAGGGACUCCAAAGUUUAGUACUUUACGGCAAUUCCUUUGAUGGGUCGGUUUCAGAAGAGAUCGGUAGGCUUAAGCUUCUUCAGACCUUAGAUUUGUCGCAGAAUCUCUUCAACGGGUCGUUACCACCUUCGAUUCUGCAAUGCAACAGGCUGAGAACGCUUGAUGUCAGUCGAAACAACUUCUCUGGCCCUUUGCCUAAUGCGUUUGGCUCAGCGUUCGUAUCUCUGGAGAAACUCGACCUCGCCUUCAACCAAUUCAACGGCUCGAUCCCUAGUGACAUCGGAAACCUCUCUAACCUGCAAGGAACUGCUGAUUUCUCUCAUAACCACUUCACCGGCUUAAUCCCACCUGCUCUGGGCGAUCUUCCUGAAAAGGUUUACAUUGAUCUCACUUAUAAUAACCUCUCCGGUCCGAUUCCUCAAACCGGUGCUCUGAUGAACAGAGGACCAACGGCGUUUAUCGGCAACGUAGGGCUAUGCGGGCCGCCAUUGAAGGACCUUUGUCCAGGAGAUGAACUCGGGCUUAAUGCCUCCUACCCUUUCAUCCCAAGCAACAACCCACCCGAUGAUUCCGAUUCUAACUCCGAAACCAAACAGAAAUCAAGUGGUUUGAGUAAAAGCUCCGUCAUUGUCAUCGUUCUCUGCGAUGUAUUCGGUAUCUGCCUCGUGGGUCUGCUUUUCACUUACUGCUACUCAAAGUUCUGCGCUUGUAACAGCGAGAACCAGUUCGGAAGCGAGAAAGAAACCAAGAAAAGGACUACUGCAGAGUGUCUGUGUUUCCGGAAAGACGAGUCGGAAACGCUAUCGGAAAACGUGGAGCAUUGCGAUAUCGUGGCCCUCGACGCUCAGGUAGCGUUUAACCUGGAGGAGCUGCUAAAGGCGUCGGCUUUCGUUCUGGGGAAGAGCGGAAUCGGCAUUGUGUACAAAGUGGUUUUAGAGAACGGGCUCACACUGGCCGUCCGGAGAUUAGGUGAAGGAGGGUCUCAGAGAUUCAAGGAGUUUCAGACAGAAGUUGAAGCCAUAGGGAAACUGAGACAUCCUAACAUCGCUAGUCUUCGAGCUUAUUAUUGGUCUGUUGAUGAGAAGCUUCUCAUAUACGACUAUGUUCCAAACGGUAACCUCCCAACAGCUCUCCACGAGAGGCAGCAACACCAUCACAAGAGCGUAUCUUCGGAGUUCACUGCUCACUCUUCGUCUGGCUCCUACUAUCAAGCGCCGGAGACUCUUAAGAUGGUAAAACCGUCUCAGAAGUGGGAUGUAUACUCUUAUGGGGUCAUCCUACUGGAACUGAUUGCGGGUAGGUCUCCGGUAAUGGAGGUGGGGACAUCGGAAAUGGAUCUGGUUCGGUGGGUACAGGUAUGCAUUGAGGAGAAGAAACCAUUGUGUGAUGUUCUUGAUCCUUGUUUAGCUCCUGAGGCAGAUAAGGAAGACGAGAUUGUCGCUGUUCUUAAGAUUGCAAUCAGUUGCGUGAAUAGCAGUCCAGAGAAAAGGCCUACCAUGAGGCACGUUUCCGAUACUCUCGACAGAUUACCCGUGGCCGGUGAUUGA